AUGAUUAAAAGUAAUCACCAUCUCAACCAAACCAAUCAUCAUUAUAUAUCUAGUAAAUCAACUUUAACACCUUCAGAUGAUAUAACAGCAACAACCACGCCAAAGGCUAAUACACCAGCUGGAAUCACAAUCAUCCCGCCCUCACCCUCAGACUCUUUCUAUCCUCCUCCUAUUGCUGGACCAUCGAAACCUCCACGGUCACCGAUUAGUAGUCCAUCAACAAAUAGUCAAGGCGCAGCAACGACAACAGCUUUGGAUAACGGUGACCGAGAUUAUUUUUCGAUAAAGUCCAUCCCCUCUUUCUCUUCCUCGACGACGAGUACUAACGUCGACAGAACACGAAAUCCCUCGUCACCUUCCAAACGUCUACGACCUCAUACCAUAACGCGAUCACAAUCCCAUUAUAUCAACCGUACUCCCAAUACUGAUUAUCACCAUCACCGACAAGAUAAAAACGUCAAUAUUCCUUCCUCAACAGAAAAGAAGCAUUCUCUCCCGCUCAAGCGGUUGUCAAUAGACGUUAAUCACAAUCCCUACAAUCCAUAUGAUCAAGAUUCGUAUUCUAGUAGUAGGACAACUGGAUCAGACGUUCAUACGCCCACUCAGGAAUACGGUAAUAACCAUAUAACAAGGCGGAGACCUUCCCUCUCUACUCCGACUAGUAGCAAUCCAUAUACAUCUCCCAGAAGUAGACAAUCAAGUUUACUCAAAUCACCACCUUCUGCUCCGGCAUCAUCCUCAGCGUUGGGUUGGUUGACUGGAAAUAGGUUGACAUUACCUCCUAUCAGUACUAAACAUUCGAAAUCUGACGACGAAAGAGAGGAAGACGAAGAAGAAGAAGGAAGUCUGGAGGAUCGAACGAGAACUGUGAGAAAAGAUAAAUAUAGAAAUAGGGAUUGGAGAAUGAAUAUGAGUAAUGGUGGAUUACCCAAAUAUGGCGAAUCAUCAGGAUCAGGAUCAACCUCAACAACAUCGACGUCUACACCUUUCAUAAGUAUGACCCCUCCUUCUGCCAAUGAGAUUGCAUCGAUGUCACCUCCUUUACCAGUAAAUAACGGAUAUGUUUAUACCACCAAUAUCUCACCACCUCGAACAUCGAUCCUUCCUUCUCAAGCACCUUUGGCAUCCCCAUCGAACCUUCAACCCCUUCCUCAAGAUCCGUACAACAUCUUACCAUUAUCCUUACCAUCUUCACCGUUCGUAUCGCCUUCUCCAUCCAGAGCACCUACACCAGGACCAUCCCCUCAUCCAUCUUUGCAGGAUUUGGCUUCGGAAUAUGCUACUGCUGCUGCGGCCGCCCAGAUUCAGCCCAGUGGAUCUGGUUCCAGUCCACGAACAUCCAUAUCAACAUCUAGUUCGAGGUAUGGUUGGACGACCGGUCGGUCAGAUUCGAGAUCAUCUGAAGAAGACGAUUACAUCCCUCCUCAUUCACCUAUAACUACUUCUCAUAAAUCGCAUAGACCUACUAUCUCUAUACCUAGAUCAGGAUGGUGGCAGAGGACUCUAUCAAGAUCCAUCGAUAAUGACAUAUCCGUUUCACCUAAAAUCAAUUUCGACACUUCCUCUUCCUCUUCGUCAUCUAGGAUAAUACGAUUUCCUAUACCGACUGUAUCAGCAAGUAAAUUCGUUCCUACCGGAACGAGGAACUGGGGUUGGUUAUUUGAACUUAUCCAAGAUAAGAUAUCUUUCACACCUUCAAACCAAAGCACCAAUAACAAUGGCAAUGGUAGUGGGGUGACGAUAAAUAGGAAGAAUAGUAUCUCAGCCAAAAGUAGGAACAGAGAAAGGGAUAGAUUGAUGUCUGGACAUAGUCAUACGAGAUCGAAUGGCGGAUUAACGAUGAAUGCACGAAGGAGAAGUGUAGGUCCGAAUCAGAAAGUCUGGGGAUCCAAAUGGUUAGCGAGGAUAAUGGUUUUUGUACCGACCGAACCAUGGAGUAUUAGUUUAUUCCUGUUAUUCUUCGCUGCAUUCGCUGUCACAUUGACAUUCACCCUCAAACAUAUUUUGAAUCCUGACAAAGAACCAUUACCAUGGCGACAAUACUGUGCCUCCAACUAUCCCACCUUGUACUCACUACAAGACCCCUCAUUACCUUCACCCCAUAUCAAUUCCAACGUCAACUCCAAUCCCUCAUUCCCAUCUUCUGCACAUAUCGAAUCCGUACCUCUAAACUCUUUCGCACCUACCUCGUCGAAACCUUUGACUCUAAUGCCUUUAACUCCUCAACAUCCAGCUUGGCCCUACCACCCACAUCUCACUCCCCCUCAACCUCAGAUUUCGUCUACCAACAGCUCCAUCGACCCUGUUGGAGUGUUGAUAGGAGUUUUCACAACUGAUGCAGGAGUGGAAAGACGUCAUAUGAUCAGACAGAGUUAUGCCUCGCAUUGGAGAUCUAGAAGAGAAGGUACAGAAGGCGUUAGAAUUAGAUUCGUAAUGGGUAGACCGAGGAAGAGGUUUGAAAAAGCCGUUCAACUGGAAAUGGAAGCGUUCAAUGAUAUUCUGUUGCUUGAUAUGGACGAAAACAUGAACAGUGGUAAAACACAUGCCUUUUUCUCUUGGGCAGCUGAAAAUGCUACUGUCCCUCAGUGGGAAUAUCCAAAAAUACAAAAUGAAGUUCAACAGUCCGACGCCCAUUCUUUGUCGCCCGUAUGGAAAGGGGAAAGAAAACCUGAUUACGUGGUCAAAGCUGAUGAAGAUAGUUUUAUCAUGCUUGGGGAAUUGGAAAAGAGAUUGAGGGUCGCACCGAGAUCGAAAGCUUUCUGGGGAUACCUCGUCAAAAAUACGUUUAUGGCUGGUGAAUGCUAUGCGCUAUCAUUCGAUUUGGUACAAUACAUUCACGCUUCGCCUGCCCUGAGGACUCUCACACGAGGCAAGGAAGAUAAGUUGGUAGCGAAAUGGAUGAAUAUGCAUCCUGAGAGGGAACAGAUAGUAUGGAUGACGGAGAGAUGUUGGAUCUAUGACCAUCCAAAGGCUGGUACAGUCUACUCUCACGGAUUCCUCUUCCCCUCCACAGUUGCUGAAGUCCGAAUGGAAAACACCACUGGACUUUCUCCAUCUACAUUGGCCUUGAGAGGUGGUGCCGAAUCGGCCAAUUCUUAUUCUAGCGUUAGCAAAUUCGGAGUUGCCUAUCGACCAUUAUCAAAUGAUAUGACAGUUUCACAACAGGUUGAAGCUCUCGUCGAAGGAUCUUCUUUAUCACUCUUACGCGAUUCCCUAUCGUCUAGUAGUACCUCAAAGAAUGACCAAAAGUAUCAACAAACGUUCUCGAAACCUGCUUCUGCAAUAGGAGAAAGUCUGAAAGAGAAGAUCAACAAGGUAUAUUCCACACGACCGACUCGAAUGGAAAGGUUCUUAGGUGAUGAGAAUGAGAUGAGUAGUAGUAGUACUGUGGUGGUACAUUAUAUCAAGAAGAACGAAUGGUUUAUAGAAACUAUGGUUGCCCUAUUGGGAGUUGGAGGAUCGUCGAUGGAGUAUGAUGGAGAUGUUUGGCAUAAGGGGGUUGGAACUGGUCUGGGAGCGUUGGAAAGAAGGAAAGGAAGAGUGGUUGAUUCUCGGUCGGUCGUACAUGAAAAUCAAGUUGGACAAAUCGGAGAAGGGGAAGAAGAAGGAGGAGAGAGGGAACAUGUGAAAUUGAGGAAAGGUGAUGGGUUGUAA